CUCUCUCUCUCUCUCUCUCUCUCGAUUUAUAUAUGAACUCGGUAGUACGGAUAAUGUGUUGUUGAUUCAGGUCAAUCCGCAACUGUUCUCCACCGACAUUAAUCUGAUUCCGAGGGAAUCUUACCUGCGGAAUGGCAGAGUUUCGGAUUUUGAAUUGUGUUACGAGGCUUAUUUAUUUCAAGCGGCGUUGCAAGGGGAUUUGACGAAUUUGCGUGAUUGGUGGACAGAAACUAGAGAGUUUGAGUAAACUAUUUGAGAAUUUGAAGUUCUUGUGAGCGAUUGUUUGGUAUUGAAUUUUGACAUGAUGGGGAAGGGUGAAGGAGGCGACUUCCCUCCACAAAAUGCUCAAUCAGAUACGCAGGUAUCACAUUUUCCGGCGAAGAAGCUCGCCAGGCAGCUGGAUUUUACGGGGUUUUCUGGGGCUCCGGCGACUGUGGUGUUGCCACAGCACCCUCAGCGUCAGCUAAUUCAGUCGGCGCCUCCGCCGCCACAAUCAGAGUCACAGCACUCUUUAUUGUCGAUGCCAAUGAAAUCUCAGUCGCCUCUUCCUUCUACGUGGCCCGUAAAACCAGAGUCCCCUGAAAUGAGGUCAAGAACAAAUGAAGUAAAGGAUAGUACUCCAAAGAAGCAGAAACAGUGCAACUGCAAACACUCAAAAUGCUUGAAACUGUAUUGCGAGUGUUUUGCAUCUGGCACAUACUGUGAAGGGUGCAAUUGUGUAAAUUGUCAUAAUAAUGUUGAAAAUGAGUCUGCCAGGCGAGAAGCUGUCGAAGCUACCUUAGAGCGUAAUCCAAAUGCAUUCAGGCCAAAAAUUGCUAGCAGUCCGCAUCGAAUUCGGAAUACUAAGGAGGAGGCUGGUGAAGUUUUGAUGUUGGGAAAGCACAAUAAGGGAUGCCAUUGCAAGAAAUCAGGGUGCCUCAAAAAGUAUUGUGAGUGCUUCCAGGCCAACAUUCUCUGCUCUGAGAACUGUAGGUGCAUAGAUUGUAAAAAUUUUGAAGGUAGUGAAGAGAGGCAAGCUCUCUUCCAUGGUGACCAUGCCAACAACAUGGCAUACAUCCAGAAGGCAGCAAAUGCUGCCAUCACUGAUGCUAUUGGUUCCUCUGGUUUUGGAUGCCCUCCAGUACCAAAGAAAAGAAAAGGUCCAGAGCUCUUUGUUGGGUCAACAUCCAGGGAUUUGUCCAUUCAGAGUGUUGCACAUUUGCAACAGCCAAAAAUCAUAAAGCCAUCUGCUCCUUCCUAUUCUUCCUUUCCUGUUGCCCAUGCCAGUAACAGUGCAACUUUGGCCCAUUCCAAAGUUACAUACAAGUCUCUUUUAGCAGACAUCAUUCAACCACAGGACUUGAAGGAGUUAUGCUCAGUUUUAGUGGUAUUUUCGACCGAAGCUGCCAAGACUCUGGCAGACCAAAGAAAUGUGUUGAAGAGGCGGGCAGAAGAUAAGAAGGAAAUUUCCUAUGCUUCAUCAGCUCAAGAUCGGCUACAAAGCCAGGAGUUUAAAGUAGAGAAAGAUGUAGUUCAUGACUGCUCAGGCAAAAACCAGGCUGAGAAAACCAACCUUGGUAACUCCAAUGGAGAUGGUGUGGAUAUAUCAAAAAGAAGACCAAUGUCUCCUGGAACUCUUGCAUUGAUGUGUGAUGAACAUGAUACAAUGUUCAUGGCUCCUCCUUCUGUAAAAGAGUUAAUGAGCAACAGCCGUAACACUUCUUCACAGUUGCCACAUGGGCAAGGCAUGACAGAAGUCUAUGCAGAGCAAGAAAGGAUAAUACUGACUAAGUUCCGAGAUUGUCUCAACAGGCUUAUCGCUAUAGGAGAAAUAAAAGAAACAAACUGUUUCUCAAUGGCCAAAACUGAUUCAGGAGGUGUAAAAGACCAAGUAAGCAAUGCUGGUACAAAUGUCAGAACAGAAACAAGGAAUCAAGAAGAACCCUUUAGCAAUGUUAUUGCCAAAACAGCUGCUUCCAGUACCGACCUGCUGUUGAAGAUUCCAGCCAUUGCAAAAAUAGGGAUUUAAAACCAAAGGCUGAGAAAGAGACUUAAAAAGGAUUGAACUAAUGGCAAAGAAGCUAAACUCAAUCAAAUUCAAAACCAAUGGGUGAUUACAGAUUACUGACACUUCCCUAUCCUAAACUGGACUGAAGAACAAGCAAAAAGGACAGCUAACUGCAAAGAUGGACUC